CUCUGAUGAUGCUUUCCAGCCCCCUCCCCACACCCCCCAACACUGUGCUGGAAUGUCAGACUAGAUCUUGUGAACUCAAAAGCCCCCGACCUGGAGGCUUGAACCCACAAGAUCCUGACUCAGGGUAAGUGCUUCCGACCGAGCUGGGCUGAUGACACUGAAAAGGGAAUUGGUUGAACAGUUGACAAAAGGUGCGGGAGAGAAGAUCAGGAGAGUGGGAUUGGACAAUGUAGCUCGGGUGUUUGAGCGGCGACUAGUAAAGGUUGCCACCUCCGAGAUGCUUAAAAAAACAGCCACCAACUCGAAAAGUACCUCCUCACUGAGCUGGUCACUGCCUUCGGACACCAGGUCAAAAAAUAAAUACCCUGAAAAAGGGUGCGGGAGUGGAGGGGGAAGAAAGAAGGAGAAGGAAGAAAGAGGAAACUACACUCCGAUUCAGGAACACAACUGUUAAACUCUGGGUGUGUCCUUACCUUAAAGCAGACAAACAGAGUGAUUAAAACAUUGAGUCACAGGACAAGAAAAACCUGAUUGGGCAGUUUGCCUUGUGACGGGUCCAUUCUCACUUGCUGUUAGGCUCAUAGACUUCCAGAGCGCUUGGCUGGUUAAUAUUUAAGCAAGGAGAGGGCGAGUGAGAGAGACAGACACAUCCCUGAUGUUACAAAGCUUAAAGACUGGGAGACACACGAGUUGCUGAUUUGACCCGGCAGAUCGUCUGAAAAAAUAAUGAGCACGACAGCGAUAAGGAGGAAGCUGGUGAUUGUCGGAGACGGUGGCUGUGGCAAGACAAGCCUGCUCUUCGUCUUAAGCAAGGAUGAGUUCCCUGAAGAAUAUGUCCCGACCGUGUUCGAGACCUACGUGGCUGAUAUCGAGGUGGACGGGAAGCCGGUGGAGCUGGCUCUCUGGGACACGGCUGGUCAGGAGGAUUAUGACCGCCUACGGCCGCUGUCCUACCCCGACACGAACGUGAUCCUUGUCUGCUUCUCGCUGGACACACCCGACUCCCUGAGGAACAUCCCAGAAAAGUGGAUGCCCGAGGUGCGGCACUUCUGCCCCGGCGUGCCGGUGGUCUUGGUGGGCAACAAGAGGGACCUCCGGAAUGACGAGACGGUCCGCAAGGAAAUGGCUCUUGUGAAGCAGGAGCCGAUCAGGUGGGAGGAUGGCAAAGCCAUGGCGGAGAAGAUUGGAGCUUACAGUUACCUGGAGUGCUCGGCCAAGACUAAGGAAGGCGUCUGGGCUGUGUUCGAGACGGCAAUCAGGGCGACCUUACAGGGCUCAGACGCAGAAUGUGUCGAUUGCCACUGUGUCCUGCUUUAGAGCCACUCACACAGAGACUGGGAGCAGAGACUGAAUUUCGCCAAAGGAUGGAACAAACAAUCAGUCAGUCACCUUGAGUCCGAAGAGAUCAGAAACUCUUUGGACAAUUGUCUUCACAAGGUUCCCUGGAUUCGAAAAGAAGGAUUUGGUUUGAUUUUUAUUGAACAAGAACCCCACAGCUCAGUGGAGGAAGGUCCCCAGGUAGCGCCAGUGACUGUGUUAUAGAAGAGAUUAACGUCCGUCCGAGCAAAAAUAUCUAAAACAAAAUUACAUGUCACAUUGGUAAUUAUUUUGCCUGCUGCCUCCGAGCUGAAUGUGUGUGAAUUCCAGGUAUUUAUGUACGUGUGGUUCAGGGGUGUCCUUAAGUUACGUUCGGGGUACAAAAAAUGUUCUCCGAUACGGGGAAUGGGUUCCAUGCUUUUUGGGGCAAGUGAAAAAUAAUAACCCUGGCGUUUGAUGUAGCUUGCGACUCCGAUAAUAUAGGUUUAUACAACGCCUUUCAGGUUGAAACGUCUCGAGGAGCCUCAGAGGAGUUUUUCCUGGUGGGACUGUGUCAUUGUAGAAAUGUCAGUCAAGUAAAUCAGUCAGUCAAUCAGUCAACAGACUGGGAUUUGAACCCACAGAUCUGAAUGGCCCAGUUUACUCGUCAGGCUAUAAGAAAACACUACCAAUUCUCGUUACAAAGUGCAUUUAGUCCCCGAGUCCACUGAAAGGAAUGAUCAGGUUUUUUUUGUGUGAACAAGACCCAGUCGGAUUUUAAAAGGCUUCAAAUUCUGCUUUAAUACCUUUUAAGUGCACCUGUAGUACUUUCUCCAGGGUGUUUUGAUCAAAAGGAGAUAAACAAAGAUUACAACGAUUUCCGUUUGGGGGGAAAAUAAGACCCUUUUCCACCAACGAAAACCACAUGAGAGGAAAGGUUUGUUCCCUUUUGUUUUGUGUGAUUCGGAUCAGAUUGAAACCAUUUUUUUCAAAAAAAAAGAAACAAAACAAAAUCAGAUUAACUUUCGAUCUAAAGAAUGACUUCAAAGAUAAAAGACCUCAAGGAGAAAUUCCAUUGGAUUUGACUUUCUAGAGCUUGGCGAAGUCUUUCAUAACAGCCUUGGGUUCGAUGUGGGUGACUUUCUUUCAAGCAAGAAAAUCUUAACUUCAAAGUUAAGAGCGAACUCAACGAUUUGGCGAGUUCUGGACACUUUAAAACGCGAUUUAAACAGCCUAAACUCAGUUGAAUCUUUUACCCUCCAGCUGUCCUAGACACAGGCUGAAUAGCUAAGCUUCUGCCCGCAUAGACAUCCAUAUUUUCUGGGGUCUAUGCCUCACCAAGGCUGGGUAAUGAUGGGUGACAUGGCUCUAAAUGGCUGAUUAUCCUCUCGUGACCCGGUGACUGCUGCUAUUUGCAGUACAUCAGGAUCAAGGAUAAUAUUGGUCAUCCCUGGCCACAAACCCUGGCUGCCGUGUUCUCCCAUGGUAUACACAGUCACUACACCUUACGUUAAAAAUCCUCUGAAGCGCUCCGAGAUGUCUCGACGAAUUGAAACUCGUUGGAUGAAAUGCAAGGAUUAUUGUUAGACUUGCAAUAUUCCUUUAAGGUUAUUAUAAUUAACACUAACUGUGAACGUGGCAAAUUUCACCUCUUGUCUUUGCACUGGGGGGAACGUGACAGGGUCCCGGAGCAGAUCGACACCCGCCGGGGGGUAUUUAUUCUCUCCCCUGGGGGGAGGGAUUGGGAGAGGAGGAGGGAAGGAAAUGUGAAUACUGCUAAAUGUGAUGAAAUAAAACAUUCAUCCACAA